AAUGAGGACUAUACCAGAUAUUUAAACAUCAAAUAUAUAUUUCGUUUGUUUCGAAUUUAAAAUUUAGAUGACAGUCCAUCUAGCGGCCAUAUUGAAACGUUUAGUGAAAUUGUUAAACAAUGUGCUCAUCUUUUGCGAUGGACAGCGAAUCGAUCGUGUACAAGGACUACUUCAACCUGUGGUUCGGCGAGUUGGGAGGAUCCGAGGUCUACAAGGAGCCGAUCCUCAGCGACUUCACCCUGGACAAAGUAAAGUUGUUCUGCUACAGUUUGCAGCAGGACACUCACGUCUUCCUGAUGGCCGUCGACGUUCUGGAAAGGUACAUCUCGACCAAGAAUCUCCUGGGACUUGAAAUAGAGGACCCUUUGCUCUACAUCAUCACCAUCAUCUACCUGACCGGAAAGCAAACCGGUGACCUAUCCGGUUUCAAGACGGAAACUCUGAUAGAUCUGUACGUGAAGCUGACUCAGCGCCUGCUGACAAAUGGCCAGAUCAAGACUGCAGAAAUCGAUAUUCUGAUGACGCUCGACCACACGCUGCCUCUGCACACGAAGAUCGAUGAUAUGAAUCUGUUCCUGCAGUACUACCAAAUACCUGAUCUCGAUGUGGAUUUUCAACCGCUUUGCGAAGAAAUCCUUAACUUUUACGUCGUCAACAGUUUGAGAAUCUUCAAUAGAAUCAAACUGAAUUACAUGAAGAAACAGGAAGCUCUCAACGCGUUCGUAGACAUAUACAGCAAACGUUUAUAUUUACCCAUAGGAAUAUUCCUGAGCGCCAUAAAAAUGUCCUCAAGACUAAGGACAAUUUUGCAUUAUAAAACCAUCGUUUUGGAACUGAGCGAACUCAGCUUCAUACACGAAGAUCAUCUCAACAUUCUCGCCAAAGAGAUUUACAAUUCUCGCAAAGAAUUACACAAACAAUUGUAA